ACCGCGGCGGGGCGGGCGGCAGGCCCUGACUGACCGUUACCGGCAGCGGCGGGGCCUGCGGAAAGGGCCGGGGAGGCUGACCGGCGCGGGAACAGUGUGCGGGUGCAGCCAGGAGGCGGGUGGUGACCGCUUGCCGGGGCGUUGUGGUGACCGUUUACGCCUUGGGGGUGCAGGUGCAGCAGAACAGACAAAAUCUGCACAAGCAGGUUUCCAGCAGAGUGGGAGCAAAAUUCUUCUGGAUAAAACAUUAUAAGAAAGAUAUUCCCAGGUGUAAACAGCUGCAUGGGGACAUAGACUCCAAGAUCUAACUUCUAGCACAAGUACAACGAAAAAGCAUGGAAGAGAAGAAGAAAGAGGAGAAACCAAAAGAGCAACUUACUGAACCUGAAUCAGCUUUCCCAGAAGCCUUACUAGAAUUUCAAAUUGAGACAAAAGAAGCAGCAAUUGAUCAGGUUUUGCUUGGUCUGAAACAAGUGGAAAAAAAGAACAAAGAACUUCAUGAGAGAAAUGACCUUCUGAAGGAACAAAAGCAGGCACACAUCAGGCACACAUUAAGACAAAUAGAAGAACAGGAGAAAAGACGAGACGAAAAGGAGGUUGUAACGAGGGAUGAUGUGGAGGAGUCACUGAAAGGAGUAUGGCAGUAUGUUAAGGACAAAGAACAACUUCUGAAAGAUCUGCACUCCCAGAUUGAAGAAAUUGAACAAAGAUUUUCAGUAAAGCAGGCUGAGAGGGAUUAUUUGUUGGAGUACAAAAAUGUAGGAAGUAAAAUACAGGCCAACAAGAUUAUGAAUCUGGAAAAAGACAUCAAGCAAGUCAAAGAUGACCAUCACAGGGCUACAGAAUAUUAUAGAAAUGCCUUAAAAGAAACAAAAGAAGAAAAUGACAGACUGGUUGAGAUGCACAUGAAGUUAGUUAAGGAACAAGCCUCAGAGGAUGCUCUAAGAUACUUGGACAAAAACAGUUGCAGAGCAAUCGAAGAGAACGAAUGGCUAAAAGAACAGAUUAAGGUGUACCAAAAGGAAGUAAGUGAUUUGAAAGCCUCUAUUCAGCUCCUGGAAAAAGAAAAUAUCAGUAUAGUGGAAGAACUGAUUGAUAGCAGACUUCAUAAUCUGGGAAUACCCAGGAAUGCAUUUCUUACUCAGGCAGCUGGCUUGAAAGAUGAGUUUCCUAAGGAUGAAAUGAAAGAAGUAGAGUAUAGAGAGGAUGCAGCAAAGACAGAUGGAGAUGAAAGCCUCAGAGGAGCCCCAGUCCCCCGUCAGAAAAAAGAAGCCUUUCCAAAGAUUCAGUCUAAAACAGAGAAGGAGAAGCCUCAAGACAGUGAUGAGGAGCUGUGGGCAAAGUCAUUUUCUCCAACUGUUGAUAGCUUGUACGAAGAUGAAGAAGAUUUCCAGGAAUACUUAAAACUGGGUCCUCUGGAGACACAGCCGAUGUGUGUGGUUGGAAGAGCCAUGCCUAUUCAUGAAGAGCCAGCAGAAAUGCCGAGCGGGACCCGCGCAGAAGAUGGCAUUAGCGGUAAAUCAGAGAGUCACAUCACAGCUCAGAUGGUCAAGGCCUUAACUAAAGCAAAGCUUGGUUAAAAAUAGGCAGGCUGUGCCGUUAACAGAGAGAUGUAACGUUCUUGAUUCAUUAAAUAUUUGCUCUGUUCUUCAAGAAGCGUGUGCCCCUGGGCUUUGUGGAAACUAUUUUUGAGUGCCUGGAUCGUGAUUUACACACAGACGUUUAAUCUGUGUGCAGAUGGCUAACUGAAAGGUCGCUUUCCUCGCCACUGUGAGAACACUUACGCGCUUUGGGGGCUUCUCAGUCCACGUAGCUGCACAUAUAUCUAA